AUUCUACAUAUAUACGUAUUAUAUCAACAAGAACUCUGUUUAUUUUCAAAGCUUUCUUGAUCUUUCAUUCUCCAUUCUCUUGAUAUAUUCACCUACCAUGAUUCCAACAAGAUGCAAUGAGAUCAACGGCUCACGUCCUUCGUCGCUAAAACUCGCCGGAGAAUCCCACACCAUCAAGAAAACGUCGUCUUGCAAGUCGAAGCCACGACCACAUGGACGGGCAUCUCCGGUUAUCAUCUACGCGCAUUCUCCAAAAGUGAUCCACACGCGUGCCGAAGACUUCAUGGCCCUGGUUCAAAGGCUGACGGGUCUAGACGAGAUUAUUAGACGGAACACUAGUGAAUCUUCCUCUUCUGUUGUGACGGAAGAGGUUAACGUCGGGGAUGAUAACACGGCGGCUCCGUUUAGUCAGGAUAGAACACAACGACAGAAGUUAACUGAUAUGCCGUUGUUCACACCGAGCUCGAUGACCUUGUUUGGUUCUCCAACUCAACUUAUGUAUAUGUCACCGAACCGGACCGAUUCAUUUCGACCCUUGGUUUUUAAGUCCGAAUAAGACUUCUUAGCAAAAAAAAAAAAAAGUUCCAAUAAGACUUCCCAUAAAAUAUGCUUUUAUGAUUUCUAUUUUAUAUGUAUACAAUUGGUUUGUUCAUUCGUUCGUUCAUAAGUUGUUUCACUGUGAUUAGUUGGUGUAAAUGUCACUUAACUUUACAAACUAAAAACAAUGUCACUUAAUAUCUGUAUUUGGUUGUUUUAAACAUGAAAGUUAAGGGUUUACCUGUUCUUUUUA